UUGUGAGCGAAGUCAGUCUUCACUGCUCGUUGGCUACGAAGCUGUCGUCUGAAGUUCUUCACUCUCUUCAACUUCAUUCACCAGUUUUGCAGGCUUUUUCGCCUUUGCUUCGCCCUUUUCAACAUUUCGACUCCGUUUGUUCGAGCCUGUUCAAAGUUCUCGUGCUGAAACAUGAGGUUGGUGAUCCUAUUCGUUCUGCUGUGCGUGCUGGCAUUGCUGGCCCCCGGUUCGGCCAGGCCGCCGAAACGGAUGGACAGACGCCACCGCGGCCACGGUCACGGUCGCCCAGACGGCGGGCCCGGCAGGGACAGAGGCGAGAUCAGUCGUGAGGAGGAUGAUAGUGAUGGUGUCUCCGAGGAUGAAGAUGACGACCUCGAGGAGGAUGACGGCAGGAUGGAAUGGGAGAUGGACGGGGACGAAGACGAGGAGGAGGGCGGGCGACCAGGCAGAGGCCGCGGCAAAGGGAGAGGCAGGGGCCGCGGCAGAGGCCGUGGGCGCGGUCGGGGCCAGGGCAGAGGCAGGGAGGACAGGCCUGAAGAAGAGGAUGAGGAGGAAGAUCAGGAAGAAGAACUCGAACCCACAGAGGCAGGAGAUUUCGGCAACGUUUACGAGGACCUGCACCUAGAGAAGUACUACGUGGGACAGCCUUUGGGGCUAGAGCAAGUCGACACAGUCCUGGAUGAAAUGCGCCAAAAAGUUCCCAAUGUUACCAUGGCUGUGAAAUAUCUGGAUCAGUUCGGGUGGUACAAGGGUGACGAGGAGGAGAUGGGGACAGUCCGCUCCGCCAGCGACAUGAGCACAAGUAUGAUAGAAGCCGUCUGCAAGUUCCAGAAGUUCGCUGAUCUUGACGUCACAUGCACUAUCGACGAGCCGACCCUGGAUAUGAUGAACAUACCCCGCUGUGGAGUCAGGGACGUCCGCGUGGCCAACUUCGUGCUGGGGAACAAGUGGGACCAUACGGACCUGACAUACAACUUCAAGAACUUCUCUCCCGAUCUCAAAGAGGGGGAGCAGAAGGACGCCAUCGCCAAGGCUUUGGACCUGUGGGCUCAGGUCACACCCCUGACCUUCACCCUGGUUGCCCCUGACGACGAGGCAGACAUCGUGAUCCAGUUCCUGUCCGGUGACCAUGGCGACGGCUCGCCGUUCGACGGAAAUGGCGGGACUCUGGGCCACGCCUUCUUCCCCGGGGACGGGAUUGGCGGAGACACCCACUUCGACGAGGCGGAGGUCUUCAACAUUGUCACACCUGGAGAAUUUACUACGGCUGUCGACAUGAUGACCGUGGCCGCUCACGAGUUCGGUCACGCCCUCGGCCUGGGACACUCCAACAUCCAGGAUGCGCUCAUGGCUCCCUUCUACCGGUAUUCUUCUGAACUGCAGCUCCACGUCGACGACAUCAGUGGGAUCCAAAAACUUUAUGGUGUGCCUUCCACUGUUGCACCCACCCCAGACGAGAUGACGACGGAGGCACAAAAUGCCACAACUCAGGGACAAGAGACUACAACUCAGGGAGAGCAACUAACAACAGCUUUUGUCGACGACACUACCUUGGGGGAUACAACAACGACGGUGAGCACUCCUAGGAGGCCAGAGACGACUACCACGUUAGCGACUACACCAGCCCCAACUGCAUCAACAACGCCAGAGCCGACCACUACAGCAGCUCCUGAACCCACGACCACAACAAAUGCUCCCGAACCCCCAACCACAAAGGCCCCCGAACCUCCAACCACGACAGCCGCCGAGCCCACAACCACAAAGGCCCCCGAAGCCACCACGACGACAACCGCGGAACCCACCACCACUCAACCGGCCACAACCACCGCCGGCCCGGACGAUGCGGACACCUGCAGCGGUGCCCCCAUCGACGCCAUAACCACGCUGAAGAAUGAAACCACGUUUGUUUUCAGAGGAAAGUAUUUCUGGAGGCUGAACUCGCGCGGUGCUGACUCAGGCUACCCUCAGCUGAUCGCGGACAGUUGGGACGGACUGCCCGACAACAUUGACGCAGCGCUCAACUGGCCGACUGGCAAAACCUACUUCUUUCAGGGUGACCAGUACUGGCGGUUUGAGAACGCCAAGAUGGACGACGGGUACCCGAAGAACAUCUCCAACUGGGGUCUUCCCUCAGACAUCGAUGCGGCCAUGUACUUCAAGCGGGGCUGGGGUGCUUCCUUCGGUCGGGGCAGAUCAGCAGUCACAUACUUCUUCAAAGGCGACCGGUAUGUCCGUUACGCGACUGGUAGGGGUGUGGAUCAAGGCUACCCCAAGGACAUCUCGAAGUGGGGACGCAAGUUCCCCGACCGUCUCGACGCAGCUCUACACUACUCCAACGGGCGCAACUACGUUUUCGAAGGGGACAACUACUACAGACUUACCCGGUCCGGUAGAGUGUACUUCGGGUACCCCCGCAGUGUCGCCAAGUGGUGGAUGGGUUGCAACUGAAGCAGCACGACACCUGCAUUCUCAUUGGCCAAUCAUACUCCGAGUACUCUGAUGAUCAGGCGUUGGGAUUGGUUGAAAGUUGACAAAAUUAAUCUUGUUUCAUAUGCCAGCAUAACAACCGACGCUGGGUUGGAUAAAACCUUUAGUCAGCUAGGCAGCUCUUGUUUGUAGUAUACGUAAUGCGUAUCAUUUUACAUGUAACGUUAGUACGAUCAUUUGCAUGUCACUUUACUUUGUACCUCUUUGUUGGGCACCAAUGCUAGUUUUUGCAGCUUUGAGAGAAACAUAGUGUUAUUACGUACUAGUGUGGUAGAAUUACGUUUGCGUUUUGUUCAUGCUGCUAUGAAUGUAUGUCGACACUGAAUUGAAGUCAAUAUAAAAGUUCUUUUCGUUUGGAAUGUCAGUCUUACUUCUCAAAUGAACUUUAUGCCAGCUACAGUAUUCCAUUAUUUUAUGAUAUGUAACUUUUCGGUACGUCUUUGACAACCGAGCAGUGGAAGGUGUUCUUAUUGAAACGUAUUUUAGAUUUAUGUAGGGAAAAACAACACUAUUGUUUGUUUCAAAUGCGGGCAUUUGUCAAAUGUAAAUAAGAAAAUUGAAUCUUUGACAAUUUGUUGUAAUCGUGUUGCAUUUGAAUACACGUGCACGUUAUCCAUAUGGCAUCAGCCAAUUGUUGUGUAUUUUGAUCAUUGUGCAUAUACUUAUCAAGUUUACCAUAACAUCCUUGAGUCAACAGUGUGUUGUAACUUUACGAUAUGGAAACGUGAUUGAUGUGAUAAAGGACUUUGUGUGAUGUAUUUGCGGCUAGUUCUUUUUAAAAAACAUUAAAUGGUUUGCUUACAAAUGUA